AUGGAUCGCAGCAACGCAGAAGCAACCGAAUACCUCACCUCCCUGCUCAACAAAACCCUACGCCUGCACACCACUGACUCACGCAUCUUCGUCGGCACCAUGAAAUGCACCGAUCAAGAACGCAACAUAAUCCUCUCCCUAACACACGAAUACCGCCAACCACCAGCAAGUGUAGUCGAAGAUGCAACAUACCAAAUGCAACUCAAAGGCGACACUGGAAAUGUCAAAGUGGAUAUGGUCAAGAGAUUUGUGGGUUUGGUUGUUGUGCCGGGGAGGUAUAUUACCAAGAUUGAGGUUGAGGAGUGA